AUGAGUUAUGCACGAUAUUUUCAUACAGCAUCGAUAUUAACAAAUGGAAAAGUGUUAGUUACUGGUGGUUUGAAUAGUGGUGGUACUUUAAUUAGUGCUGAGUUAUAUGAUUCAUCGACAGGAGUCUGGACAGACACUGGUAAUGUAAGUUAUGCACGAUGUCAACACACGGCGUCCGUAUUAAAAAAUGGAAAAGUGUUAGUUACUGGUGGAUAUGACAAUGGUAUUUAUUUAAAUAGUGCUGAAUUAUAUGAUCCAUCGACAGAAGUUUGGACAGGCACUGGUACUAUGAAUUAUACUCGAAAUUAUCAUACAGCAUCGUUAUUAACAAAUGGAAAAGUGUUAGUUACUGGUGGAUCGGAUAAUGGUAUUUAUUUAGAUGGUGCUGAGCUAUAUGAUCCAUCGACAGGAGUCUGGAAAGGCACUGGUAAUAUGAAUUAUGCACGGUAUGCACACACAGCAUCAGUAUUAACAGAUGGAACAGUGUUAGUUACCGGCGGAUUCGGUAAUAGUGGUUAUCUAAGUAGUACUGAGUUAUAUGAUCCAUCGACAGGAAUGUGGAAUGUCACUAGUAAUAUGAAUUAUGCACGACUUCUACACACAGCAUCAGUAUUAACAGAUGGAAAAGUGUUAGUUACCGGCGGAUCCGGCAACGGCGUUACUUUAAAUAGUACUGAGUUAUAUGAUCCAUCAACAGAAAUGUGGAAUGUCAUUAGUAGUACAAAUUAUGCACGAUAUCAACACGCAGCAUCGAUAUUAACAAAUGGAAAAGUGCUCAUUACUGGUGGAACCAUUAGUGGUGUUUCUUUAAAUAGCGCUGAGUUGUAUGAUCCAUCGACAGGAGUGUGGAGCGCCAUUAGUAAUAUGAAUUAUGCACGACGUGAUCACACAGCAUCGAUAUUAACAAAUGGAAAAGUAUUAGUUACUGGUGGAUAUAACGGUGCUGCUUUAAAUAGUGCAGAGCUAUGCCAGUUAUAA